CGCGCCUUAGUGAGGCAGGCGUGAAGGGGGAGAGCACUGGGGACCCGAGGACCUCCGACACAGACAGGCCUCAGGCGGUCACUCGCCCUCCCUGUCAAACAAGAGCGGAAGGCGUUACUGUAACUACGACGGCCUUAAAGAGAGAGAGAAAGGGCGAUUCUGACUGAGCUUGUUCCUGAGAAAAGCAACCGCCGCGUCGGGCUCGACACCUUCUAGGCCGCUGUGGGCGGGGCUUACAGGGACUAGGCCGGCCCUCGCGGGCCCCGUGCACUUCCAGAAUGUCGGCACAGGCCCAAAUGCGCGCGAUGUUGGACCAGCUCAUGGGCACCUCCCGGGACGAUGUGCUUGAUUAGACUUGCAAUUGGACUUCAUGUUUGGGGACACUACCCGGCAGCGAAUCAAAUUCAGCGAUGACAGAGUAUGCAAAAGUCAUCUUCUCAACUGUUGCCCUCAUGAUGUCCUCUCUGGAACAAGAAUGGAUCUUGGAGAAUGUCUGAAGGUGCAUGAUUUGGCAUUAAGAGCAGAUUAUGAAAUUGCAUCCAAAGGACAAGACUUUUUCUUUGAGCUUGAUGCAAUGGAUCAUCUGCAGUCAUUUAUAGCUGACUGUGAUAGAAGAACUGAAGUGGCAAAGAAAAGAUUAGCAGAAACCCAAGAAGAGAUUAGUGCUGAAGUUGCAGCCAAGGCUGAACGAGUCCAUGAAUUGAAUGAAGAAAUUGGGAAGCUGCUUGCCAAAGUAGAGCAACUUGGGGCUGAUGGAAAUGUGGAAGAAUCGCAGAAAGUAAUGGAUGAAGUGGAGAAAGCAAGAGCAAAGAAGAGGGAAGCAGAGGAAGUGUACAGAAAUUCAAUGCCUGCCUCUAGCUUCCAGCAGCAGAAGCUUCGGGUCUGUGAAGUGUGCUCAGCCUAUCUUGGUCUACACGAUAAUGACAGGCGACUUGCUGAUCAUUUUGGGGGAAAACUGCACUUGGGUUUUAUUGAAAUAAGAGAGAAACUUGAAGAACUUAGGAGGAUUGUGGCUGAUAAACAAGAGAAAAGAAAUCAGGAACGUCUCAAGAGGAGAGAAGAGAGGGAAAGGGAAGAAAGAGAGAAACUAAGGAGGUCCCGAUCCCACAGCAAGAACCCCAAGAGAUCUAGAUCCCGAGAUCGCCGCAAACAUCGAUCUCGGUCCUCCUCACGUGACCGAAAGAGAAGAACUCGAUCAAGAUCCCGUGAGAAACGUCAUCGUCACAGAUCUCGUUCUACUAGUCGCAGCAGAAGCCGCAGCCACCAGAGAAGCAGGCAUAGCUCCAGGGACAGGAGCAAGGAACGCAGUUCUAAAAAAAGAUCCUCAAAAGAAAGAUCAUCCAGAGAUAAAGAACGGUCAAGAGACCAUAACAGAACAUCACGUGACAAGGACAGGAGCUCUAGAGAGAAAUCGCCUAGAGACCGAGAUUGCAAAGACAGGAAGCGUUCCUAUGAAAGUGCAAAUGGCCGAUCAGAAGACCGAAGGAGCUCAGAGGAGCGUGAAGCAGGGGAAAUAUAACUGGCUGUACAUUCACUUGAUCCUUUAACUUCCUAUGGAGUUGCAUACUGUGGUUUAGUUUACAGUUUUUCAAAGGGACACCAGUGAGCAGAUCCACACACUGAUCCAACUAGAGUAGAUGUACAGUGUAAAAAAAAAAGGUUCUAAUGAAGUUUGAACUGACCCUUGGUGACCGCUAAAGCAGUGUCCUUUCCCCUUCCCUUCCUUACAACAAACUUGUAAAACAUUAUUUUCACAAAAUCUCUCUUCAACACAACACUUUUAUGUACUAUGAUGUAGAUCUCAAUGUUUUAGUCUCCUUUUUUCAACACAACUUAUAGUGAACAAACUAUAUUGUGCUUUUGGCCUUGGAUGCUUUCAAACCUUUAUAAAAUCCUCUUAAUUUUCUUCCAGUCCAGGCAGCAGCACUGAGUGGUUUUUAAAGAGGGUGGGUGGGUGGGGGUCCCAAGCUUUUAUUAUCACGGUAAGACUGUGUUCUCAGUUGGUUCUUGAGAAUUCCAGAUGUUUGGCAGGAUAUUUAGAUUGGGGACAUGUGCUGGAGAAAGCAGAAAUGUGUUUUUAUUUUGUUUUUUACAGUGCCUAUUAGACUUGGAAAUUGAAUAGCUGUUGCAUUUCAUUCUUUUUAAAAUUUCUGUUGAAACUUUGAAAUCAAACUCAUCCCCAUAACUCUGUACCAUUUAAUUGGUAUGUGUUCAGUAUAAUUGUUUUUUCCCAUAAGACUUUUUUCUGCUUUUUCUCGUGGGGUGUUAAUUGCACAUCCUUAAUUGUAAAAAAAUAAAAUAAAAAAUAAAAAACAAA